AUGGCACCUGGACUAGUAGACCCAGCCUUCCAAUCGAGGGAAGCGGCUCCCGGGAAAAGCCUUAAGCACGCUGUCAAGCCUGCCAACACUCAUAACUACGUGCCCGGACGCACAGCAGUCACACAGCACGACGACACAUACGAAUUCGAGCAUCUCCGACCACGCUUCCCUGAUAUCACAUGGCCUGCGCUUGAGGAGCACACAUAUGUUGACAAGGGCCUGCUCGGUGACGUCAACUUCAAGAAUCUUCUGUCGUCCGCCACAGAGGUCUUCGACUACAACCCAAAGAUUGGAACCGAAGUUCAUGGCGUCGACCUCGCCAACCUCACAGAUCUCCAAAAGAAUGAUCUUGCAAGGCUGAUCGCAACAAGAGGUGUGAUCUUCUUCCGUGACCAGAAGAACUUCGGUAUCAAGGAGCAGCGCGCUCUCGGACAGUACUUUGGCCAGCUGCACAAGCAUGCCACUACUGCUGUUCCCCGUGAGGAAGGUCUCGAGGAUGUACAUGUCGUCUACACCGGUGAAGGCUCACCCGAUCUCCGUUCGCUGUUCUCUCCUACUUUUCUCUGGCACUCAGACGUCACAUAUGAGAUCCAGCCACCCUCAUACACUUCGCUGAAAGUCCUCACCGGCCCACCUCGUGGCGGUGGCGGUGACACCCUCUGGUCCUCCCAAUACGCCGCCUAUGACAUGCUCUCGCCACACAUGCAGAAGUAUCUCGAGUCGCUCACAGCGCUGCACUCUGCAGAUCUGCAAGCCCAAGGAACACGCGAUCUCGGCCGCACCGUUCGUCGCGAGCCAGUCACAACCGAGCACCCACUCGUCCGUACCCACCCCGUUACAGGCUGGAAGAGCAUCUUCUUCAACCCGGGUUUCGUCACCAAGAUCGUCGGCGUGCCUAAGACCGAGUCCGACCACAUCAUCUCCCUGCUCAACGAGAUUGUCGCCACAUCCCCAGAGUUUCAUGCGCGCUUUCAGUGGCAGGCCGGCGAUGUCGCGUUUUGGGACAAUCGCGUCACUAAUCACUCUGCCACAUAUGGCUUCGCACCGCACCGCCGCCAUGCUGUGCGCGUCUGCAAUCAGGCUGAAAGGCCGUACCUAGACCCCAAUGGCAGGUCACAGGAGCACGACCUGAGCGAGCGCUACGGCAUCCCCAAGGCGAACAAGGACGGCUCUGGUGUUGUCAAUUAUAACGACUGA